GUGAUGUUUAACCAGGCAACCACGAUACAAAGAAAUUGUAUUGCGCUUACAACCUGUGGAUUGAUCAAUACUCGUAGUUCCCAUCCCUGACCGCUUUAGUCCCCUUGUGGUCACCACAAUGCGGAGGCCUUUCUAUCUAGUGUUCGCAUACUACGGUACUAUAAGUCAUAUGAUAGUAUUGUGCUGUGCUCGGGGAAGCCAUUGACAAGAUACUGGGUUACGGGUGACAGCUGUGGGGUAUAAUACUCGAGUAUCAUACCGGAAAAAUAAAUCUCGCAUCGUAAAGUCUGACAACCGGUAACGCCAUGUUUUGCUAUAGUAAUUCAAGCCACCGGGGCACAGGUAAAUUAUAAUUAAGCUUCUUAAUGACAAGCAGAUUUUAGAUCACCAACUGGCAGAGAUUAGAAGACGGUUGCUGCGGAAAAAAGACUUGAAUAUAAGGUUUUGAUAGCGUACGAGGAGGGGUGUGUGCAGGAGGAGUCAAGUUAGAUGCUCCAUGUUCUUAUCCCUAAUGCCGGGGGUGGAUGGGGUUUCGCUUUCCUCCCAUCUACCGUACGCCAUGUAUGGACACCUUUUGCGUCUCUGGUGGAACCUAAAGUCGUUUUUACGCCAGCCCGGAUAACGGAGUGUUAUAUGUUUACGGUGAGUUGCCGUCAUGCACUGUAUCGUAUUGGGUCGUAUCGUGCUCUAUAGAGACUAGCCGUUCGAGUCCUAAGCUUAGAAGAAUGAGGAUCGGAGAAGGGGUUGUAAGAUGGAGGAGUGGGGAUGACAAGGUUGACAGCGGAGAUAAUAGCGCGCGAGUGAGGCGGUGUGUGCUGAUAGGGAGGAGCAGAUUAAGCUCUUUUUUUGCAUGUACGAGUACGGCAGUGUACUGAUCGUAAUUUUUGUUUAUGCUAGGGGUAAACUAUUAAGAGGUACGAUGUCCGAUAUUGAAAUUUGUUUUAGGGUUCAGCGGACAUUUACUUUAGUCCUUCGAUAUACCGUUAUUAGGGUGGUAGUAAGAUUUGUAUACCGAGUUAUCCUGGGAUCCGAUAAGGUCACUCAUCACUAA